GGAAAAGUUCCCUCCACGGCUGCUGGGGCUUCAACCACAGAGAGACACCUUUUCUCAGAACAUUUCUACAUUUCUACCAUGUUGCAUUUGAGUAAGGGAGAUUUUGUAUGGGUGGACUCUGGUGGUGGGGUGCCGAUUGGGGCAGAGGUUAAGGUUACGGACACCGGGCAGCUUCAUCUGGUCGAUGAUGAAGGAAAGGAGCACAAGGUCAACAAGAAGAUUGAGGGCAGUGUCCGGCCCAUGCACCCCACCUCUGUGAAAGGUGUGGAUGACAUGAUCUUGCUCGGUGACCUGCACGAGGCUGGCCUGCUCAGGAACCUGAUGGUGCGCCACAAAGAGGGCAUCAUUUAUACGUACACAGGCUCCAUUCUGGUGGCAGUGAACCCCUACCAGCUGCUGCCCAUCUACACCACUGAGCAGGUGCACAUGUAUACAGAUCGACGGCUGGGGGAACUGCCGCCGCACGUCUUUGCCAUCGCAGACACUUGUUUUUUCAACAUGCGACGCAACAAAAAGAACCAGUGCUGUGUCAUCAGUGGCGAGUCAGGAGCAGGAAAAACUGAGAGCACCAAGCUGAUGCUGCAGUUCCUGGCUGCGGUCAGUGGCCAGCACUCCUGGAUUGAGCAGCAGAUUCUGGAAGCUAACCCCAUCCUGGAAGCCUUUGGCAAUGCUAAAACCAUCCGCAAUGACAACUCCAGUCGAUUUGGAAAGUACAUUGACGUCUACUUCAGCAAAGGAGGUGCCAUUGAAGGGGCCCGAGUGGAGCAGUACCUGCUAGAGAAGUCCAGAGUUUGUCGUCAGGCGCCUCAGGAAAGAAACUACCACAUUUUUUAUUACAUGCUGAUGGGCAUGUCAGCAGAGCAGAAGAAAAUCCUUUCCCUUGGGACUGCAGCAGAGUACAAAUACCUGACCAUGGGCAACUGCACGAGUUGUGAAGGACGUGAUGAUGUGAUGGAGUACGCUCACUUUCGUUCAGCACUGAAGAUCCUCACAUUCUCAGAGUCCGACUCCUGGGAAAUAUCUAAACUGCUCGCUGCCAUCCUUCACUUGGGCAACGUGGGCUUUGAGAGCACCAUAAUAAACAACCUGGAAGGCUGUGACAUCCUCAAGUCGGCUCAUUUCAACAUGGCCAGCCAGCUGUUAGAGGUAGACCCUAAAGCGCUGGACAAAAGUCUUACUCAACGUUCUGUCACAACUGCAAGAGACACUGUGAACAAAAUUCUGAAUCCUUCUCAAGCUCUGGAUGGAAGGGACGCGUUUAUCAAGGCUAUAUAUGGGAGACUUUUCAUCUGGGUAGUGGACAAAAUCAAUGCUGCCAUUUACAAGCCGCCAGAGGGUGAGAAUGAGGACCGACAGUCAAUAGGCCUUCUCGAUAUCUUUGGCUUUGAAAACUUCAAACAAAACAGCUUUGAGCAGCUGUGCAUUAACUUUGCAAACGAGCAACUGCAGCAGUUCUUCGUCAAACAUGUGUUCAAGCUUGAGCAGGAGGAGUACACCCGUGAGAACAUUAUUUGGAAGCACAUCGACUACCAAGACAACCAGCGCACUCUGGAUGUUUUGGCAAGCAAACCUUUGAACAUGCUGGCACUCAUUGAUGAGGAGAGCAGCUUCCCUAAGGGCACAGACACUACCAUGCUCCAAAAGAUGAAUCAGGUUCACAUGAAAGGAGACAUCUAUAUUUCCCCCAAAAACAACCACGACACACAAUUUGGAAUCCGGCAUUUUGCUGGAGUGGUCUAUUAUGAUUCAAAAGGUUUCCUUGAGAAAAAUCGUGAUACACUCAGCCCAGACCUGAUCCAACUGGUGGAGACAUCCACCAACAAGCUCCUCAAGCAGACGUUUCAAAAUGAUCUGGCUUCCACUUCCAAUAUGAUCAAGACCAUCAACCCCAGGAUGAACAUCAACAUGUCCAAGAACACAGUUCGGCAAGGGUCCGAUGGGAAGAAACGGGUCCCAACUCUGACCGGUCAGUUCCGCCAAUCUCUGGAUUCUUUGAUGAAAACGCUGACCCUGUGCCAACCUUAUUUCAUUCGCUGCAUCAAACCAAACGAUUUCAAAAAGCCCAUGCUGUUCGACAGAGAACUGUGCAUGCGUCAGCUCCGUUACUCUGGUAUGAUGGAGACCAUCAAGAUCCGGAAAGCUGGCUAUCCAGUACGCUACACCUUCAGCGAGUUUCUAGAUCGAUAUCGCGUCCUCCUGAAGACUUCUGUCUGUGACCCCAAAACAGAAAGUAAAGAGAGAUGUUGUGAGAGCAUUUGUGAAAGAUUGCUUUCUACAAAAGACGACUGGAAGACUGGCAAGACGAAAAUAUUUCUCAAGGACCUCCAUGAUACUAAACUGGAACUAGAGAGAAUGAAAGAGCUGAAUGCAAAAGCUCUUAUAAUCCAGAAAGUCCUGAGGGGCUACAAAUACAGGAAAGAAUUCCUACAGAAAAAGGCAGCUGCGCUUGUCAUUCAGAAGCAUUGGAGAGGACAUAAAGGCAGGAAGCUUUACAAAGUGGUGCAACUGGGCUUUGCGAGGCUGCAGGCCCACGUUCGCUCUCGCCAGCUCCACGUCCAAUACAAGAAGAAGCGGGAGGCUACUCUCGUGCUGCAGACCCAAAUCAGAGGUUACCUGGCCAGGAAGGAAUGGAAACGCAAGAGAAAUGCAGUGAUCCUUCUGCAGGCGCACACUCGAGGCCUGCUGGCCAAAAAGGCUGUCCAGAAGAUGAAAAGGGAUAUAAACCUUUCUGCUAAGGAGAAACAAGAAGAACAGCGAGCCAUUCUGGCAAAGCAAAAACACUUGGAGGAGGUGCUGAGGCAGAAGAGGGAGAUGGAGGCCAGAGCCCAGACUGAGAACAUCACAGACCAGGAGAUGGUGGACAACAUCUUUGGCUUCCUGCCCAGUAUUGUUGGAGGGCAGGAAGGCCAGGCACCUGUGGGCUUUGAGAAUAUUGAAGAGAAAAGGAUCGUUAUUGAGGAGAUAGACAUCGAUGAAAUCCCCAUAGAGGAACAACCAAAAGAAGACUACGAUGACCUGGAUGAGUACUCGUUCUCCAAAUUCGCCUCCAUGUACUUCCAGGGUGCAGCCUCUGACACCCACAUUCGACAGAGGCUUCGGCAGCCCCUGCUCUACCACGAGGAUGAAGGAGACGUUCUGGCUUCACUGACCGUGUGGUGGAUGAUUCUGAGAUUCAUGGGAGACCUCCCUGAGCCAAAGAGACAAGCCAAAGUUCAGGGAACAACUCAGGAGCGAUUUAUGCCGCAGGAUCUGUUGUCCAGACAGGACCGACGUCUGAGCAAUAUGGUGGGCCUGGAUCAGAGGGUGUUGAGGAGUAACAAAGAGAGGAAGCCUUCUGCAGUACCAGAGGACCCGGCACAAAAGAGAAAGGGCUCCAUUUUCACAGACCUUCUGUCAAAAAACAGGAAGGCAUCAGCAGUUCCCAGUGAAGUGGCUCAAAACCCGAAGGUGUACACUGUUCCAGAAGCUAACAGUCGUCCAAGAAAAGGCUCCACGUUCACUGACCUAUUAUCCAGGAACAAAAAAGCCCCCCCUGUUAGAGAAAAUGGAAGCUUCAAGUCAGCUUCCAGCUUCAGGAAGCCCUCCAUCAUCAUGGAGGAGUCAGAUGAUCUAACUGAGGUGCCCAAGACCCCCACCCUGCAAACAGUGAAUGAAGACAGUGAUGUGAUGAUUGGAGAGGGACCAACCCUGGACAGGCCCCUGACGUCUCUUGAAAAAGUCCACAUCAUCGUGAACUACGCCAUCAUCAGACCUGACCUCAGGGAUGAGAUUUAUUGUCAAAUCUGCAAGCAGCUUCAAGACAACAACAACAGGAACAGUUACUUCCGUGGCUGGAUCCUGCUGUCCCUCUGUCUGGGCGUGUUUACUCCAAGCGAACGCUUUAAAAGAUAUCUCCAGAGUUUCAUUCGUUUUGCUCCCGGGGGCUACUCGUCCUAUUGUGCUGAGAGGCUGCGGCGCACCAUCAUGAACGGAGUGAGAGCGGAGCCUCCAGCCUGGCUGGAGCUGCAGGCAACAAAGACAAAGAAGCCCAUGAUAGUAACGGUGGCGCUGAUGGACGGUCGCUCCAUCAACCUUCCUGUUGACUCAGCUUCUACGUCCAAGGAAGUCUGCCAACUCGUCUCCAACAAAAUCAAACUCACAGACGUUUUUGGUUUUUCUCUCUAUGUCGCCAUGUAUGAAAAGGUGUGGGCUCUGGGCAGCGGCCGAGAGCACGUCAUGGAUGGCAUCUCCCAGUGUGAGCAGGAAGUGAAGAGGAAGGGAGGACAGGAGCAGCACGCUCCAUGGCGUCUCUUUAUCCGUAAGGAAGUGUUCACUCCGUGGCAUGACAGCAAAGAGGACAAGGUCAGCACGGACCUCAUCUACAAACAGGUCGUCCAUGGCCUGAAGUAUGGAGAGUACCAGACCGAAAAGGAGGAUGAUAUCAUUGACCUCACUGCAAAACAUCUGUACAUCCAGCACGGCUCAGACAGCCGGCCGGAGAACGUGAAGCAGGCAGUGCAGGACUGCAUCACCACCUCUCUGCUGGAGGCCAAAUCAGAAGCCAAACUGGUUCAGAUGGUCAGCUUGGCUCAUGCUCAGGGUUCGUUCUUGAGUUCAAGACAAAAUGUUGACUCAGUGAAGGCAGAGAUGGUCGACUACGCCAGAGAGAAGUGGCCCAUGUUCUUCUCCAGGUUUUUUGAAGCCACCAAACUGUCAGGUCCCACACUGCCAAAGAGCAAGUUCAUAGUUGCCAUAAACUGGAACGGGAUCACCUUCCUGGAUGAGAGAGAGAAGCGGCUUCUGGAGUUGUCCUUCCCAGAGGUGACUGCAGUCAAUACUGUCAGGGAAGGGAAAGCAUAUGGCCAGGCAGUGUCUCUGCUGACACUAAAGGGAGACUUCAACCUGGGUGGAUCCAAGGCUGAGGACAUGUCCGAACUGAUCACCAUGUUCAUCAGUGGCUUGACGGAGCGUUCUCAGUAUGCUGUGACACUGAAGGAAGUCAACAGCCAAGAUGACCCCACACUCCUGAGCUUCAAGAAAGGAGAGCUCAUCAUACUUAUCAAAGACAACGAGUUCUCCCAGCAGCAUGGUUGGAUAAAGGGCCAAAACUACAGCACCAAUCAAACAGGAGCCGUCUCUACGGAGGCCAUUGUGAUCCUGCCAACGCUGAGCAAACCCUCCAACGAGGUCAUGAGCCUUCUGAGCCUGUCUCCGAACCAGAGGAAAAACUUCAUACAAGCAAACCAGAAAGAUAAAGGCACAGUGGAGAGACUGGCUCCUGUCACGCUGAAAGAAUACUCUCUGGAGUAUUUCAGGCAGCCUACCAAGGAUGUGAACCGUCAGGUGAUUUCUCGAAAUACAGCCCCUGAGAGGCUGUGGGCCCACUCCAGAGAGCCGAUCAGGCAGCCUCUGCUCAAGAAACUGGUCGGCAACUCGGAGCUCAGCCAUAAGGCCUGUCUGACUUUUACUGCAAUCCUAAAGUAUAUGGGAGAUUACCCUACCAGGCAGCAGCAGAGUCCUGUAGAGCUCACCGACCAGAUCUUUGGCCCUGCAACUAAAAACGAGGCCCUCAGGGAUGAGAUCUAUUGCCAGAUUAUGAAGCAAAUGACCAGCAAUAACAACAGGUUCAGCAUUGAGCGGGGAUGGCAGCUGCUUUGGCUCUGCUGUGGUCUGUUCCCUCCCAGCCAGUCUCUUCUGAGGCACGCACAGAAGUUUUUGGAAUCACGUCGCAGGGAACCCCUGGCCUCUGACUGUCUGCAGUGGCUGCAGAGCUCUCUGAGAAUGGAGCCCAGGAAGCUCCCACCACACCCGGUGGAGGUGGAUGCUAUCCAGCAGAACAGCACCCAGAUCUUCCAUAAAAUCCACUUUCCCAACGACACUGACGAGAUAUUUGAAGUGGCAACCAAUACCAGGAUCAAGGAUCUCAUCCAGAACAUUUCCAAAAAACUCAACCUGGCUUCAUCAGAUGGCUUCAGCAUUUUUGUCAAAACACAUGACAAGGUUCUCAGUUUAAAUCACUCGGACUACUUCUUUGACAGUCUGAGGCAGAUCACUGACUGGUCGAAACAAGCCAAGAGGAUUAAAGACGGUGGACCGGUGAACAUAGCCUACCUUGUAUUUUUCAUGAGGAAGUUGUGGUUCAAUGUCAUCCCAGGCAGAAACCCAGAGGCUGAUCUUAUCUUUCACUUCCCUCAGGAGUUACCCAAGUAUUUAAGAGGCUAUCACGUUUGUACUAAAGAGGAAAUGCUCAACAUAGCAGCUCUGCUCUUCAGGGUGAAGGUCAGUAGUGACAAAAGCCAAGUCACCAUGAUUCCUAAGAUGCUGAAGGACCUCGUGCCCGCCGACCAACUGAAGGCUGUCUCUGAAAACGAAUGGAAAAAGGGUAUUGUUGCCUUGUAUAAUAAACAAGCUGGUAUGACCGUUGAAGAAGCAAAAAUAGCUUUUCUGAAGGCGGUUUACCGCUGGCCGACGUUUGGCUGUGCUUUCUUUGAAGUGAAGCAAACAUCGGAGCCAAAAUUUCCAGAUAUUGUGCGAAUCGCCAUCAGCAAGAAUGGACUCACCAUCAUCCACCCAAAAACUAAGGAUGUUCUGGAAAAUUACCCGUACAACCGCAUGGCUAACUGGUGCAGUGGAAGCACCUACUUUCACAUGACGAUUGGCAGCUUAGUCAAGGGGACCAAAUUCCUGUGUGAAACGUCACUGGGCUACAAGAUGGACGAUCUUAUAACUUCCUAUGUGACCAUGUACUCCAGAGAGAGAACAGUGCAAACCAGGAACCAGCGCUUCAACAUGUGA